AUUAUAUUGCGACCUUGAUGUGUUCUGAAUCUGACAUCUAUUGGUCAAUGAAGAUUUUGUUAAACACUGAUCUAAGUGUCUGUCUGCUUGUCUAUUUACCUAUCGUAUUGAUCAACAGACAUAUUGGGAAGGUGAAACAGAUGCUGUUCAAAAUGGCACUAGAAUCAAAAUGACGUGCAAAGAAAGAGUAAUAGCUGUAAUUUGAUCAUUUGCUUUGUAACAUUGUGAAUGUUUCGAUAUUAAAUGUUGGUUUUUUUUCGUCAAAGCCUACAAACAGCAAUGUAUGCACUCUUGAAUUAAAUCAGUUUGGAAAAUGUAAUGUUAUAUUCGCUAUUGACAAAGCAGUUUCAGGUUUGCCUACAUUUACAGGCAACAAUUGACCUUAAUUUUGUUCAUAAAACCUCUUAUAUAAUUUUUAAUGCAUCGCCCAUGUUCAUGCCUAUGUGUCAGAUAAUUAUUUUACAGACUUUGCAAAUCAAGCUUUGCUCGCCCCCAUUAAAUAAGUAAAUGAGACAAAGUUGUUCAAGAAUAAUUUUUGUUAAAGCUGAUUACACAGAAUUGUGUGACUAUUAUACGCUGCACUUUUUUUUACAAUAUAUGAAAAGGCUGAAUUGUGAUUUCACAGACAUUUUCUUAACAAUCCGUAAUUUAGCAUGAAUAUGUAGAAAAAUAAACCUGAGCUGCAGAAAUAUCAUUGUAACUUAAGUAAUCAGAAAGCGGUAUUUACUAUCAGGCCAUUUACUAUUUUUAGGAGCGAAUUAUUUAAUUUGUGUAGUAAUGCGUCACGUAGCCGUGGUUUAGCUAAAACUGCUAAAAUACUCAACAAGAACCACUAUAUCUGUGUGCAUCGGUCUCUGCAUCUGUGUCUGUGUGUGUAUGUGUGCGUGCGUCUCUGUGUAUAUAUCUGCCUGUGUUUGUGUGUGUGUAUAAUUCACAGUAAAUGUCCAAUUGUGUAUUUAGAGGCUUCACUCGAAUAGGAUUUGCUCAUAUUGCAUCUUCCGUACAAUCGGUGCUCAAAUAUGAUUUCCAAAUAACAAUUUUAGAAGCAAUAAUUUCGUGGAAGCAUCUUUCAUUUAACUUCUGUAACAAAAGUAGUCUGAUUCCCGACAACCAUUUCGCGUUAAAUCAUUUAUUGCACUGCUUUUAUAUUGGUAUCACAUUGUGAAAGUGGGUCAAUUUUAACGCAAACAUUCCACACAGAUUCUAGGCUUAAAGGAAACGGUCCGUUGCAAUCUCAAAGACAACUCAGUCCUCGUAGUGUUGGCAAACAAACAAAUUUGCAGAACCCGAUCUUCUCCUGAGUUUGCCAUAAGGGAGACGCGCUGGAAAAUGACAAUCCACAAAAAUGAAUUGGUAUAUGAUGCACGUAAGGAUUUCUUCAUUUCACAGCCAGAACGUAAUCCACAAUUGUGCCUGCUGAAAGGGAAAGUGUUCGACUGUCAGCGAUUCUAUUUCACAAGUUUCAAGUGUACAAAUGUGAGUUGAAGAAAAAGUAAAAUCGCUAUGGCCAGCAGUAGAAACCAUGCUGCUCAAUAAUGUAUACUGUUAAGAACGGCCCGAUUUGUUAGUACAGGACAAAGACAAUAUUUCUUCCACCGAGUGUCACACGGCUGCCGCAGCCUUAGAUUUACGAGGGUUCGACAGAACCAGUUAAACUGUGCCGCAACUGUGUUCUUCAAGCAGAAUUACAAGAAGGGAACACAAAUCAAACGUCUCAAGGAUAAAUAAAACCAUCCCUAUAGUCUGGCAUUUUACCUAAAAUGCGCUUGUUAAAAUAUUGCAUUUUUACUUCUUAAGCUUAACCCAUCGCAAGCUAUAAAUUGUAUUUUAUGAUUGAUCUGGAAUCAAUGCACUUUUACUCAAGGCCUAGCCAGUCCUGCCCUGAAACCGAAGCCCAGAAUACUAACUUCUGAAUAAUUCCAGAACAAUUUCUGAAGAAAUGUCUAGGCCCGAAAAGUCAGCCUUCCUGCUCCUCUGAUGCUACUUGGCCUGCUGUGUUCAUCCAGCUCUGCACCUUAUUAGCCCAGAAUAAUACCUGGGGGUCUAUGUUGGUUUAUGCUGUCGAGGCGACCCUGGCAUGGCUUACACGGGCUGUGUUUACACGUAUCAUAUUUUCCUCGAAAUGUGCUUCGACUUCAAUUAAUUGGUAAUACUUUAACCCUUCAAUUCUUAAAAGCUUGAGUGAUGGGUAGCAGGAAAGUACGUACAAAUGACUCAAUUCUCCAACGCUACAAGACGUCACGAUAAAUAACGUCAAAUAUUUCUGCGAGAGAAAGGAAAUCAAAUCCUGUGUGGGGUUUGUAUGAGAAACUAAUGCGCCUGGGGUGGGGUGAUCAAAACAAAAACCGGAGAACCUAUUUUGUUGCCAACCGACACACUAAUCUAUAGGAACAACCUUUUCGUUCCAAAGGAAAACACACAGAUGUACUCCACCUUUUUGAAAGAUUACUGCUAUUCUGAGCGGACUUUUGUAAGAAGUCUUUCAGGCCCGCACUAGCGCGCUUGAUGCUUGAUACCACUGUCUUUCAUCAUCUGUGCAUUUCCAAAUCGCAAUCUGAAAUUUAUAAACUAGAUAUUCCUCAAACCGAAAAAACGAAUUCAAAUGUUGCAUUCAUUUCUCUCUUCGUUUUCUUGCCGUUCAGGCGGGCUCAGAUUGUUUGGAUUUGUACUGCAGAGAAGGACAACAGGUCAAAAUUGGAGUCUCCACUGCAUGUUUUGGAAAUCUGUACAUCCCUUUUGUUUUAAUUCCCUCAGCACGUACACAGGAAUAUGCAUCAGACAUCAUAAAUACCUCCACCUGUCCUGAGUAAAACAUAAGUUGUACAAGCGACAACUGUAGUAAUAUUCACGAGGAAUUCCGCAGCGAAAGUAGAGAUAAACACUUUGGCACAGCCGCUUAGCUUCUCAGUCUAUCCAGGCUGGUUUCGGAGUCGAAUAACCAGUCACAACGUAAAACACAACUUUGGAUUUGCGUUUUUGAAACCAAUUCCCAAUCACAACAGACAACAUAUAAUUGUACGGAAAUCGGAAUAUCUGGGGCAAGUUGCGGUGUUGAAUGGGGAAACUGAUGGGAAACUUUAUGAAAUGAUUUUAAUGCGUAGUGUUUGUAUAUAUAGAAGUAAUGUGCAAAUAGCUCUGCGCAGUGUUCUACGAAAAAAACAUUUUAAUCUUUAUUAAGUGUCGAGAACCUGACUGUGGGUGUAAGUGACGGGAGGCUGCCUGUGAAUCCUACAUUGAGAUAAGCUGUCUUUCAGGAGAACAAACUUUCCCGAUGUUGUUUCCCACAAGGAAGAGAAGUUAAACAUCCUAAAUCUUUAAGUAAAAAUCAGAGUCGAAUAUCUGCAGAAGGUUUACUUGUUACUUAUUUAGAUUCAUGUAGUCUGCCGCAAUCAAAUCGUUCAUUUUCAACCAAUAUCGAAGUAAAGGAUCGAAUGCGUAAUUAAUACGAAAGAAACGUUUAAAAUUGAAUUGAAUUUGGAAGGGUUAAUGAUGUUACAAAAUAUUUUGUAUUAUUGGGUUGUAAUGCUGAAUAACAAACUGAUCAGAUCAAUUUUUGCAGUUCCCUAAUAUUGUACCUAUCGUCAGCAGAAGCCAGUUCCACAAACUACUUUACACACGUAUUAUACACAAACCUAUGCAUUUACAAAAUUAUUAAGCAGUAUGUUUUUAUUCGCAUACUCACUUUGUGUCUGUGCUCCUGUACAUAUCGUUGGCUGAAACAAAUCAAAUGUUGUUAACAGAAAACAGUUUUCAUACUCAGUGUUUAACAGGGUUUUAACUGUGAACCCUGCUACAAAUGAACCUACUUGGAAAAUAGGUAGCAAAGUGUAAACGUCAAAGCCUCUUCCGGGGAUUUUGUUUUGUUGAUACGAGCCUGGCUUUCUUCAUAUCUGCCAGCAGGGAGCGCUAUAGGAUCAUGCUGGUGAGGUCAUAGCAAGUAUUGUCACUGCAUGAAUUACCCCAGGGUCAGGCGCAAGAAUUUACGACUGGUCAAAUAAAGCACGUGAUCUAAACUUGUGCCCCAUAUUUGGUUGCAUACGUAGAAAGCAGAGAAAUGACAUGUGCCUUUUAUUUCCAUAUUUCAUUAUAUAUCGCGCGGUCUAGUGCCGAAUAAACGUCUAAGAACCACAAAUCAAAACCCGUUAAAGGCAGAUGAGUUCCUACUUUUUAAACUCCUUCUCAGGUCGCUACCAAAAUGGCCACGAUUAUCAGUUGCCGAGUUAUGGAAACACUGCUUCUGUCGGCGAGCAUUUCAGGGAGUCGACAAUGCUCUCCGCCAGGUAUGGCUAUGAUUACACCGGGAUAGACCUCAGCAUGACUCGCUCGAACUCCAAUCUGUGCGGUAACAGUGAAAGGUCUACCAACUACCUGCAAACAGUUAGUAGCACCUUCCACAGCUCAUCUGGGGUGAAAAUUAAAUCUCCUGAACCUGCCUUCCGUUCGGGAUCUUUAAUAAGUUCAUCAGAUAGUGGUAUUAAGACGGGUGCUACUAUCACAGAAUCCAAUCACUCAUACCAGGACACAUCGCCGGUAAACGAAAAGGGGACGAACUGCCCCAAACCGGAAAGUGGGCAAGUAGACAAGGAUCCCGCUCUGCAAAUGCAGAUAUACCCAUGGAUGAAAAAGAUGCACCUUAACCAAGGCUUAAGCGGGCUGGAAGGGAAACGAACAAGGACAGCAUAUACUCGCUACCAGACCCUGGAGCUGGAGAAAGAAUUCCAUUAUAACAGAUACCUUACACGACGCCGGCGGAUAGAAAUCGCUCACGCCCUGUGCCUGACUGAAAGACAAAUUAAAAUCUGGUUCCAAAACCGAAGAAUGAAAUGGAAAAAGGACAAUAAAUUGAAAAGUAUAAAUGUCAGCCCCCCAGGAGCGGGUUUUCAGCCAUAACAUGUUUUAUCCUGUUUCUAACUAUAUAAUAUUACUGUCCAGAUGAUCUUUUAAGUUGCAAUAGGAAAGGUUGUUUGGCCACAUUAUGUGCUCCUCUAUGAGAUGGGUUUAUUAAUACGUUGUUCUCAUGUGGGUACAACGCCUUGCUAUCAAUUCAUAAAGAAAAGAAUACAAUUUAUCAGUUGUCACCAACAGAUGUUGAAUCGUGUUUUUAUACAUUAGUGGUAAUAGCCAUGCCUACAUUUAGAUUAUAAGAGAGAAUAAAAGAGGUCAUUCGACGGAAUGUAGCCAAGCAAACCAUUUGUCUCAUGCGAACAGAAUGAAGUUGUGCUGUAUAUCUAGUUUCUGAACAAUCGAAUCCUAUGCCUAAACAGAGCUUCACUAAAACUUUAAAUUAAUAAUAUUUUAUAAACUUAGAUGAAUAUUGUUCCCUUCAUCUCUUUUUACAUCAAACUUUCUUUUGUUUGGUCUUGCCUUGGAAUGUUUAUGGCACGAGUGUUGCUGUGGUCCCAGGCAUGUAUGUCUUGUAUAUUCUGUACAGAUAUAAUGUUUGAAUGAUUGACUUUGUCCUAUAUACAUGAAAUGUGAUUUUUUUUGUCUACGACAUUGAAAUAAAGUCAGUUUUAUCAAUAAACAUUUCAGCUGGUGUAUGAAUUCCAAUGAUGUAUAAAGAGACGAACAAUUGGUUACUUGUGAAUAGGCCAAAAACCAUUUCACGUUCUCACUUUACAUCUAUUCGGUUGACACCCACGUUCACCUCAUACUGGACCCAAUGUUUCAGAACUCAUAAAGGUUCCUUGGGCUGAACCGUCUUUCAAUGUUUUUUUGAGUUGGAAAAAAAUAUUAUUGUUGGCAAGAACUGUUGGUCGAGUUCAUACUAUUCCAAUAACUUUAUUUAGAAGAAUAUGAAUCAUACUUCAGAAAGUCAGCAGCUAGACUACAGACCCGUCAAAUUUCUAAAGGCAAUUUCACGCUGGUAUUGAA